GUGUGUGUGGCGCUGCUCCCUGCGCGGCCGGAACGGUCCCGGGCACUGGCCACUCUGCCCUCCCUGCCCUUCCCCAUCCUCCUGUCCUCAACUGGACCCUGUCCUCCCUGGGUGCCCGCCUCUCCAGCUGGGCUGAGAGUGGCAGCUCAAGGGUCUUUUCUUUUCCUGCAGCUUCUAACCGUCGCCCACGUGCUUGGUUGUCCUUUGGUACCGACCAUGUCCAAGUCCCUGAAAAAGUUGGUGGAGGAGAGCCGAGAGAAGAACCAGCCGGAAGUGGACAUGAGUGACCGCGGCGUCUCCAACAUGCUGGAUGUCAACGGCUUGUUCACUUUGUCCCAUAUCACACAGCUGGUCCUGAGCCAUAACAAGCUAACAACUGUGCCACCAAACAUAGCGGAACUGAAGAACUUGGAAGUGCUCAACUUCUUUAAUAACCAGAUUGAGGACCUGCCCACACAGAUCAGCAGCCUUCAAAAACUCAAGCACCUGAACCUGGGCAUGAAUAGGCUGAACACUCUGCCUCGAGGGUUUGGCUCCUUACCAGCUCUUGAAGUCCUGGAUUUGACUUACAACAACUUGAAUGAAAAUUCUCUUCCUGGAAACUUCUUCUACCUUACCACCCUGCGUGCACUCUAUCUCAGUGACAACGAUUUUGAAAUCCUGCCGCCAGAUAUUGGGAAGCUCACAAAGUUGCAGAUACUCAGCCUUAGAGAUAAUGACCUGAUCUCUCUGCCCAAAGAAAUUGGGGAACUUACCCAGCUUAAGGAACUCCACAUUCAGGGAAACCGCCUGACCGUUCUGCCCCCAGAAUUAGGAAACUUGGAUCUAACUGGUCAGAAGCAAGUGUUUAAGGCAGAGAACAAUCCCUGGGUUACUCCAAUUGCCGACCAGUUCCAGCUCGGGGUCUCCCAUGUUUUUGAAUAUAUCCGUUCUGAGACAUACAAGUACCUGUACGGAAGACACAUGCAGGCAAACCCAGAACCUCCAAAGAAGAAUAAUGACAAAUCGAAAAAGAUCAGCCGGAAACCCCUGGCAGCCAAGAACAAAUGAAGGGUUGGCAUAGGCCAGACUUCCGGCUUCCUCCCUGGCUCACACCUCUGUCCUAUGGCUCAGCCUCACAUAUAAAUACAAUGUGUAUGUAGCUUUUCUUUCUUUUUCUCUCACUCCUUUCUAGUGCUUGCCACCUUACCUUUUACAUUUUAGGUUGGUGGUAGCUUUUUAUCAAGUCUGAAAACCAUUUCCCUGUGUUCCUUAAACUGCCAAGGUGUAGUUCAGCUGCAGACUCCAGGGGCUCGGGUUUCAGUUCCUUGAAUAGACACCACAAGGUUGCUUUUUGUCAGAAGAAGAAUUAACGUCACGUGGCCACUUAAAUGUCAUAGUUCACACACUUUGCUCUGUCUGUUCACCCAACUUGCAAGUGUGCUUUGUCAGAGCCUCGCUUCACCACUGGGACUUUGUGUUCAUCUAAAUGACAAAUGAUUUUUAAUAAAGUCUGGAAUUUGUAUCACAUUCACUUGUUGCCUAAAAUAACAAUUCAGUCAGAUGUUGGGAUAUACAGGAUUUGGCUUUUCCUUCUCCCCCUCCCUCGGUUACCUUGUCUGGUCUGAUUGGUUAGAGACAGAAACUGAAACUUUCCAUGAAAGAAACACAGGAUCAAACCUGAGCGAGUUGCUCCUCACAUCAGUUUGUCAGGGUUUUGUAUUCCUCCCCCCCUUGAGGACUGUUUCUAAAUUAGGAAUGAGAAGAACAACAAAUCUCUAGGAGAUUGUGCCAAAGGAAUUUGGAAAGCAGCAUUCCUUCGCUGAAGAAAUGGUGACUUCUGCCAGUGGCUGGGAGGCAAGAGCUGUGAAACAGAGAGAGAAAAAAAUGCAAGUAUGUUUUCUAUCGCUGCAGAAAAUCUGCUCAUAUCAAAGCAUUCUUUGGAGAGACUGUGAUGCCAAAAUUGUGGUGGAAACAUGCACAACCCACCGCACCCCCACUGUGGAACCACAGUCAUUAAACAGCCAUUGUUUAACAUCUGUGAUAGGCAGUUUCCACUCCUGUCUUAACAGUCAUAUGUAUGGCAAUGAAAAUAAAUCCAAGCCUUUGUGCUAAGUAAGAGGCCUGCCCACCCACAAAUUCCUCCAGCAGAAGGUGUGCAAAAAUGCAUCCUACUCCUCUGGGACUGCGAGUGACAGACCCAUGCCUCUGCCCUGGUCAUCUCCAGGUUCCCAGGGGGAGCUGUCACAACCAGACCACAUAUUGAGGGACGAGUAUGAUGGUUCAACUGGCUAAUCCUCCACCUGCAAGUGCCAGGAUCCCAUAUGGGCACAGAUUCGUGUCCCAGCUGCUCUACUGCCCAUCUAGCUCCUUGCUACUGGCCUGAGAAAGCAGUGGAGGAUGACCCAAAGCCUUGGGACCCUGCACCCACAGGGGAUACCUGGAGGGGUUCCAGCCACCUGGCUUCAGAUCGACUUAGCCAUGGCCGUUGUGGCAGCCAUUUGGGCAGUGAACCAGCAUAUGGAAGAUCUUUCUCUCUGUUACCCAUUAUCUCUGCAAAUCUGCCUUUCCAAUAA